AUGGAUGAGGAAGACUCAGCUGGCCCUGAAGCAGGAAGAGGCCGUGCCAUGGAAACGGGGAGCAGUGGGGAAUUCCGGGAAAACUCUGUGAAGAAGGAACUGGGUGAGGAGGACACCCCUUGCUCAGAGGUGCAGAGCCAGCAGCUCAGGCAGUUCUGCUUCCAGGAGGCCAAAGGACCCCGAGAGGUUUGCAGCCAACUCUACCACCUUGACCAUCAGUGGCUGAAGCCGGAAAGGCACACGAAAGCUGAGAUGUUGGACCUGGUGAUCUUGGAGCAGUUCCUGGCUGUCCUUCCUCUGGAGAUGGAGAACUGGGUGAGGGAAUGCGGAGCGGAGACCAGUUCCCAGGCGGUGGCCCUGGCCGAAGGUUUCCUCCUGAGUCAGGCAGAGGAGAGGAAGCAGGCAGAGCAGCAGGUGAGAGAGACUUUCCUCUGGAUACUCCCAAGGGGCUCCAAAGAGGAGGGAGAGUAUUCCCAAAUCAUUUCCUAAUGGCCCCUCCUUUUUUGGAAAGCAUCUAGGAACAGAUCUGCUCCUUCUCCUUCUUGCUCUUCUUCCUCUUCUUCUUCUUAUUAAUACCACACCCAUGUGGCUGGGUGCCUUGCAGCACAUAUAAAAGCAUAAGAAGACAUCAGAUGUCUUCUAAAAGCUAUGCAGUUUCUUAUCUCCUUAUCACCUGAUGGGAGGGCAUUCCCCAGGGUGGGUCCCACUGUGGAGAAGGUCUUCUGCCUGGUUCCCUGUAACUUCACUUAUCACAGUGAGGGAAUCAGCAGAAGACCCUCGGAACUGGACCUCAGUUCAUGGAGACGCUCCUUUGGGUAUACUGGGCCUUUGAGGCCAACACUUUGAAUUGUGCUUGGAAACGUUCUGGGAGCCAGUGAAGAUCCUUGAGGACCAAUGUUUCAUGGUCCUGGCAGCCAACCCCAGACACCAGUCUAGCAGAAGCAGGAAGCAGCUUUCACCUCUGUCCCCCGAAAGCGCUUGCCUCUGCCAUUCCUUCUCUAACCCUUCUCCCCAUUCUCUGUUUUGAAUCCUUGUUGCUCUUUCAGAGGAAGGAUCUUUUGGCAGAAUGGGGUCUUGAUUCUUCUGAGGCAGAGAAGACUCCGCUGGACGCCAGAGUGAGGCCUCUGGGUAAGGAGGAAGGAGUGUUUUCUCCCCCAUUUUGUCACAUUCUCUUGGUUUUGAAACUAAUCUCUGAGUUCUUUACAUCUUUUGGGGGAAGACACCUGGAGCCCAGAGCUCGGGGGGGGGGGUAGAUGUAUUUUUGCAGAAUUAUUAUAUGUAUAUAUUAUAUUAUAUUAUAUUAUAUUAUAUAUAUAUAUAUAUAUAUAUAUAUAUAUAUAUAUAUAAAUAUUAUAUGAGCACAAAUGUACUCAGCAGGGGAGACGUUUAUGAUAGUAAUUUGAUUAGUUUACAAUUACAGUCCAAUAAUAGCCUCCUUAUAACAAUGUGAAAUUACGAAAUUACGAUGGUUUGAUGAUUUUCUUGAUUUCUCCAUUCUAAAAUCUUAUUAAUUUCAAUUACACUCCUGUCAAGAUAACAAUCCUUUAUACAACAACUGCAGUAUUAAUGACUUCCAUUCGUAUGGAAACAUCAAAUAAUAUAUAAAACUACAAGUGAGGCACUCCAGUGAUAUCCUUACUCUUCCCGUGUGUGGCAAUCUUUCUGUUCGUGAUAUUUCUUCCUGUCCUUGUAAAAUGUUCUGUCUAUCUUUUCCUGGUUGUUGCUGUUCUCCAUCAUUCCUUGGGCGGAGCUAAUAUCCCAUUGUGGUUUCAGAAAUUCUCCAUCGCUUUGUCCUGUGCUUCGUUGUUUGGCAACUUUAACAGCAGCUGCAAAAAUCACACCAUCCCAAUAAAUAAUCAGUUUUUGCCAUUUUUCUUCUACACCUGGGAAAGAGAGGGAUGUGUCAGAAUUGCAAAAGACUCAGUAAUGAACCUUAUCAGCUCCCUCACAACUUUCAGAUUCCUUACAUCCCUCUGUCUGGCCUAAGAUAAAUGCGCAUUUAUCCAAUUAAAUUAAAUUCCAUGUCCUUUAGCAUUAAUCAGUUCAGUCUAUAUAUAAUACAGGAUGGGGAAGAGUCACCUCUAAUUUUCCACCGUAAACAUUUUGUAAAAUAGAGCUUCCCUCCCUUUUUCCUUUUUGUUUUCACACAUACUGUUCCAUUUGAUGUUAUAUUCCAUAUCUGCAGUCCAGUUUCAUCCCUGCUCACCUGUACAUAGAUAUUUUCAACUAGUUUAUUCUCAAAUUCAAACCUUAAAGACCUUGCAGCUGGUUCAAUUCCGCAGUUUAUGAGCUCAUCUCUUCCAGCAACGCCUGUACAUUAGUCCAAAUUGAGCUCUAAUUGACAGGAGAACCUCUGCUUCUUAAUGGCGGCGAAGGAGGGUUUUCGGCAGGCGAAGGGCUUUUGCACUCAGCGCCUUCCUGCCUCUCGCAAUCCAUGCCGGAGCCGGAGCCUGGUACCGAGACAAACUGGGAGUGAAGCCCGUUCCCCCCUGUCCCUGGGGGAAACUUGCAAGGAGAAUUACCCUCAGUCAUCCUUGUUUUUCCUUUGCCAACGAUCUCCCGCUGCCGCCAUUAAGGCAGAGCGGAACCGGAAGCUAGCAGGGGAGACUUGGACAAGCCCCAUCUGUACGUAGAGAUGCACUGUUUCACCUCUGAGAGAAGCAGGCGCUCACGGUUUCCACUUACCUUGGUCUCUCCCAGGUGACGGAAUGAUGCCACCAAGACCUGCUCCUUCAUCUUUUCAUGGUGGUGGAGGGGAGGCAGCAGCUGUGGACCCAGAUCAGGUAGGGGGAAGGAGCCUUCCGGGGAAGGACUGCUUGGAUGCAGACUGGCUGGACACAGUUGGAUGCAGAGGAAUGGUGGGAGGAGCCAGAGAAGAGGGAGCCGACUGGGAGGAGGAGGAGGAGGGGUCUGAAGCUGGAGAGGGAAGAGGGCUCAGGGAGCAGAGGGAGUCUGUGGCAGAGAGCAGCCCAGACUCCGAGGCAGAAGCUGCAGCAGGAGAGAGGGAUGAGGAAGGCAGAGAGGGGUCUGGCCGCUGUAGAAAACAACAGAGCCAAGUGAAUGUUCUCUAAGAGGACAGCCUUUUUCCUGUUCUGUUAGGGUCCAGUGUGCUUUGAAGAUGUGGCUGUCCAUUUCACAGACGAGGAGUGGGCGUUGCUGGAUCCUGACCAGAGAGCCCUCCAUAAGGAAGUCAUGGAGGAGAAUCGUGGGAUCUUGGACUCUCUCGGUAAGGCUCCCUAUUGGAUCAUCCUAUCUGUUUUGUAAUUCAAGACAUCUCUCUAGAUGAUGAACCUCUGAUAUUUCGAUGGGGCUCAACAGCGCCACCCACAGCACCUGGGAUGUUAACACUCCCAAAGCAAACCUUGGAGGGAUGGCUAUUGAUUGUUUUCCCUGUGAAUAUUCUUCCUCCAGUUCUGUCGUUUAAAACCAUGAUCAGGCUGUCUGAACUGCCCAGGCCUUCUUAAAUGUAGGAUUCAGAGUAAUUUUUUACCAAAGAGUUGCUUGACAGAUUCCACAACUGAACCAAACAAACUCCAUCCCAGAAAAGAGCCAGGCUUUUUGAAUCUCAGGCAGUGAACCCUGUAGUAACAAUAAUGAUAAUUUUAUUAUUUUUACCCUGCCCAUCUGACUGGGUGGCCCCAGCCAACAAAUAGAAAAACAUAAUCAAACAUCAAACAUUAAAAACUUCCCAAUACAGAGGUGCCUUCAGAAGUCCUUUAAAAGUUGCAUAGUUAUUUCCUUGACAUCUGAGGGGAGGGCGUUCCACAGGGUGGGUUCCCCUAUCGAGAAGGCCCCCUGCCUCGUCCCCUGUAACUUCUCACAAAAAUGUAACAUUUAAGUACAGUGGUACUUCGGGUUAAGAACUUAAUUCGUUCUGGAGGUCCUUUCUUAACCUGAAACUGUUUUUAACCUGAAGCACCACUUUAGCUAAUGGGGUCUCCUGCUGCCACUGCGCCACCGGGACAUGAUUUCUGUUCUUAUCCUGAAGCAAAGUUCUUAAACUGAAGCAUUAUUUCUGGGUUAGCAGAGUCUGUAACAUGAAGCGUAUGUAACCUGAAGCGUAUGUAACCUGAGGUACCACUGUAUAUCUUAAUUUUGGACAGGGAACUUUCCCGCUUUGGCCACCUUUAAAUAAUAAUAAAAGCACAUUUUAUUUAUGAAGAUAGUACAGAUCCAUAUUUAAAUUUGAACAAAAUGACGUUACCUGGUUAAGCUGUACUUUUCUUUUUUUUUUUUAAUGAUAUUUAUUAAAGUUUCAAAAAAUACAAAAAAUACAGAAUACAAAAAGAAGAAGAAUAAAUUUUUUUUAAAAAAAUAUAACCAAAAAAAGUAAAAAAAAGAAAAAGAAACAUACCAAAUAAACAGUUAAAAAGACAUUAAUUUUCCAUAACCUAUCUUCCCUAUACUUAUUUCCCCGGACUUCCUCAUACCUCCCUUUUUUGUAUUCCAGUUCAAUUUGUUAGUUCAGCAAAUCCUUACCAUUAAAAUUACCCAGUUGCAAACCUUUUUUCAUAUCUCUUAAAGUAUUACAGCUAAAAACCUCUUAGUUUCUAUCCAACAUCAUUCUAACAUUCAUUAAUUUUGCAAUAUUUCUGUAAACAGUCUUUAAAUUUCUUCCAGUCUUCUUUCACCGACUCUUCUCUCUGGUCUCGGAUUCUGCCAGUCAUGUAGUCAAUCACCUUCAUCUGCCAUUCUUCCAGAGUGGGUAGAUCUUGUGUCUUCCAAUACUUUGCAAUGAGUAUUCUUGCUGCUGUUAUAGCAUACAUAACCCCAGUCAAGCUUGCAAAAAUCUAUCAUUUGCCCGAUAAUAAAUGUUGGAAAUGUAAAGAAACUGAAGGUACAUUUUUUCACCUUUGGUGGACGUGCCCAAAGAUUAAGGCUUUCUGGGAAAAGAUAUAUAAUGAAUUAAAAAAAGUAUUCAAAUAUACCUUCCCCAAGAAACCAGAGGCCUUUCUCCUGGGCAUGGUCGGCCAAAUGGUGAUAAAAAAGGACAGAACUUUCUUUAUGUAUGCAACAACAGCAGCAAGAAUACUCAUCGCAAAGUAUUGGAAGACACAAGAACUUCCCACACUGGAGGAAUGGCAGAUGAAACUAAUGGACUAUAUGGAACUGGCGGAAAUGACUGGCAGAAUCCGUGACCAGGGAGAAGAGUUGGUGGAGGAAGAUUGGAAGAAAUUCAAAGAUUAUCUACAGAAACACUGUAAAAUUAAAGAAUGUUACAGUGAUGUUGGAUUGAAAAUAAGUGGUUUCCAGCUGUACAGGAUUUAAAGUUAUAGAUAGACUAAGAUUAAGGAUUAGGAUUAAAGAAGUUUAAGGAAAUGGAAAUUUGGCUUUUAAGAGGUAAAAUUUUAAUGUUAUAUUAUAUUAAGAUUAAAGAUUGGGAUUAAAAAAGAGGGAAAGAAAUUGCUAGACAAACAAUUUGAACUGGAAUACAAAAGAGGGAGUUAUGAGGAGGUCCAGAAAACAAGUAAAUUUAAAGAUGGAAACGAAAAGGUGAUAUUGUUCUUAAUUGUUCUUUUUUUCGUUUUUUUUCUUUCUUUUUUGGACUAUGUAUUGUGCUUUUUUGAAUUGUGUAUUUUUCGUUUGUGUUUUUCUGUUCAAUCUUUUAUUGAAACCUUAAUAAAUAUCAUUAAAAAAAAAAAAUUAUCGGACAAGUGUCUUCCCGGGAGAAAGCCCACUUGGUCUUUAUGAAUCUCUUCCAUCAAUACUUUUUUCAAUCUCUUGGCCAAAAUGUCUGCAAAAAGUUCGUAAUCCACAUUAAGUAACGAUAUAGGGCGGUAGUUCUUAAGCUGGGUCUUUUCAGUCUCUGUUUUCGGUAUAAGUGUAAUAUACGUCUCUUUCCACUUUUCAAAACUAGAGAGAGAAAACAUAUAAUAUUCAACUUGAUUUGUAUAUGAAACUAGACAUUUUUACAUAACAAAAAGAACAUUAUAACAUCUAACUCCCUUCAGUUCUUCCUCUGUCCCAAGCAUUAAUUAGCAUUGUUCCAUAAUUUAGGACUGCACUUCUUCCCGAGACUCUAAUCCGUUUGCCUCUUAGUUUCAGGUGGGGAUGAAUUGGAAAUGAAGAACAAGGGAGACCACAACGAAAUCCACACAGUGGAGGAGCCAUAUCAGGAUUCAGACUGUGGAGAGAGCUUCACUCAGAGCUCCCAUUCCACUUCCCAUCACAUAAUUCAUACAGGGGAGAAACCAUAUCACUGCUUCAGUCACAGCCACGAUCUCACUUCCCAUCGUAGAAUUCAUACAGGGGAGAAACCCUAUCAGUGCUUGGAAUGUGGAAAAAGCUUCAGGAAGAGCUCCGAUCUCACUUCCCAUCGUAGAAUUCAUACAGGGGAGAAACCCUAUCAGUGCGUGGAAUGUGGAAAGAGCUUCAGUCAGGGCUCCCAUCUCACUGCCCAUCAAAGGAUUCACACAGGGGAGAAACUAUAUCACUGCUUGGAGUGUGGAAAGAGCUUCCGUCAAAGCCACGAUCUCACUUCCCAUCGUAGAAUUCAUACAGGGGAACAACCGUAUCAGUGCGUGGAAUGUGGAAAGAGCUUCACUCGGAGUGCCCAUCUCACUUACCAUCAAAGAAUUCAUACAGGGGAGAAACCCUUCCAGUGCGUGGAAUGUGGAAAGAGCUUCAUUCGGAGUGCAGAUCUCACAUCCCAUCAAAGGAUUCAUACAGGGGAGAAACCCUAUCAGUGCGUGGAAUGUGGAAAGAGCUUCAGCCAGAGCUCCCAUCUCACUUCCCAUCAAAGGAUUCAUACAGGGGAGAAACCAUAUCACUGCUUGGAGUGUGGAAGGAGCUUCAGUCACAGCCACGAUCUCACUUCCCAUCGUAGAAUUCAUACAGGGGAAAAACCAUAUCAGUGUGUGCAAUGUGGAAAGAGCUUCAAUCGGAGUGCCCAUCUCACUUUCCAUCAAAGGAUUCAUACAGGGGAGAAACCCUAUCAUUGCGUGGAAUGUGGAAAGAGCUUCAGUCAGAGCUCCCAUCUCACUUCCCAUCAAAGGAUUCAUACAGGGGAGAAACCAUACCACUGCUUGGAGUGUGGAAAGAGCUUCAGUCAAAGCCACAAUCUCACUUGCCAUCGUAGAAUUCAUACAGGGGAGAAACCAUAUCACUCUUUCAGGAACAGCCACGAUCUCACUUCCCAUCGUAGAAUUCAUACAGGGGAAAAACAUCAGUGCGUAGAAUGUGGAAAGAGCUUCAAUCGGAGUGCCCAUCUCACUUCCCAUCAAAGGAUUCAUACAGGGGAGAAACCCUAUCAGUGCCUGGAAUGUGGAAAGAGCUUCAAUCAGAGUGCUCAUCUCACUUCCCAUCAAAGAAUUCAUACAGGGGAGAAACCCUGUCAGUGCCUGGAAUGUGGAAAGAGCUUCAGGACGAGGUCCGAACUCACUUCCCAUCAAAGGAUUCAUACAGGGGAGAAACCGUAUCAGUGCAUGGAAUGUGGAAAGAGCUUCAGGAAGAGCUCUGAUCUCACUUCCCACCGUAGAAUUCAUACAGGGGAGAAACCAUAUCACUGCUUGGAGUGUGGAAAGAACUUCAGUCACAGCCACGAUCUCACUUCCCAUCAUAGAAGUCAUACAGGGGGAAAACCCUAUCUGUGCGUAGAAUGUGGAAAGAGCUUCACUCGGAGGGACCAUCUCACUUCCCAUCAAAUGAUUCAUACAGGGGAAAAACCCUAUCAGUGCGUGGAAUGUGGAAAGAGCUUCAUUCAGAGGGCCCAUCUCACUUCCCAUCAAAGGAUUCAUACAGGGGAAAAACCCUAUCAGUGCGUGGAAUGUGGAAAGAGCUUCAGUCAGGGCUCCCAUCUCACUUCCCAUCAAAGGAUUCAUAAAGGGGAGAACCCUAUCAGUCCGUGGAAUGUGGAAAGAGCUUCACCUGGAAAAUAA